UUAGGUACGACCCCCAAUCGGGCAGUCUUCGCAAAGUGGUUUGUGCCACAUACUUUGUUUAUGGUUGUCCCGCCAUUCACACGGACGUGAAUGGGUUUCCAAAAAUACUCACAAUUCCGCAUCUGAGAUGAUUUGUUAUUAUGGCAGCUAAAGUCAGAAUGGACGGUCUGAAGAAACAGAAUGACCAGCUAGAGCAGGACAUCACUGCAAUGGAGGAUGUCCUCUAUCGACAGAAAGCCAGACUGCUGGAUGACUCUUCCAUAAGAAGCCAAAUCAGCAAAGCUACAGGAAACUCCAAGUGGCUCUCUGGGGCCAAAGGUCAAAUGUCCGGCUACCGAUCCCACAAGGGGCUUCCCCAAAAUCAGAACCUCUUUGACAAGAAGGCUAAGGAAUCGGCGAAGCUGGUCACAAGAGCUAAAAGCGCAGGGGUCAUAGGUCAUGGCAGGAGGGGCCGAACGCAGAGCUUUACACCAGUCUCACCAGCAAGCAAAGAAGAGUUGGUAACCGAACCAACAACCACGAAGGAUAAUAGGGAUCUGCACAGUGGAGGGAAAUGCGGUAGUGGCAGGGAACCAGGGAAGGGGAACCUUCGGAUGAAGUCUGCGCCGGUGCGGCAGGGUGCCAACAGGAGGGCAGAGGGGGAAGCUCAACACCAGAGGGCGCUGUCACUACAAGGAGGCAUCAAGGUCAAUGCACUGUUGCAUUCCCCAAAAACUAGCAAAAAGUCAGGAAAGCUAACCAAGACUGGAGAGAGGAGAGUCUCUUUUGAUGUGAGUGACGAAGAUGAAACUCAGCUGACGUCAGUAUCCUCCACCAACCCAGUCUCUGACCAUACUGAGCCUGUCAUCAAGACAACAAGUAGGAACACUAAUAGCGGAGACUCUAAACCCGCUGAUGUGGGGUCCUUCCCUGACAGGAUUGCACACCUCAAAGCUAAAGUCAUUGCCAAGGCCAGCGCAAAUCUGAAACCCGAACAGCUGUCAAAUCUUUCAAAGGAGAGAAAAAGUGAUGGUUCUGAUGGAGUCGCUUCACGGACAGGCACCAGCAAAGUGGGAAACAAGGGAAUAAAUAGCCGAGUAUUAGGCAAUUCGGCAAGAAAUUCUAAAUCUGUCAGACAUGGCAUAGUCGACUCAACAGCUAGGAAAAGCAAAUCGGCCAUUUCUAGAAGGCACGAAGGCAAGUCUGGUCGCCAUCAAGAUCCGGCAGAUAUGGCAGGACAUCCCAAGAGUGAAGUGGCUAAAGAUGAUGAUCACGCAGACUUCUUAUUUGACGCCUCGGUCGAGCUCUGGCUGUGCACCCUAAAUCUUGAAGACUCGCUGGAGUGUGUCAAACUUUUCAGGCGCGGCAAAGUCACCAUGGACAUGGUUCCAGAGCUCACAGAGACCCAAGUUAUUGAGAUGGGUGUCACCCCUGGGCCUUCCCUCCAUAAAAUUGUCCAAGGAAUCAGGACACUGUCAAAAGCUCGAAAACUCUCACCCAGAGAUGGUGAAAGAAUUUCUCCAAGAGGACUUAAAGGCAACAGAGGAUCAGUCACACAAAGAUCUGAAGAAUUACCAUCAACAACCGAAUUGCUGGAUCUUGUAGAUGGUGACAAUUUUGAAGAAGUCUUUACCCUCGAGAAUAACUCGCCACCAUCUACAAGUCCAAAUCCCAUCAUCUCCUCUUCAAGCUUGUCUGCGAGUGCCAAACUGAAUUUGGAUGCCAGCAACAAACCAAGCAGUGUAGAAACAGGCACGGAAUCAUUACUGACGAACAAGAAAGACUCAAACGAAAGUUCAUCUCUGGUAGAAGAUUUGACAAGGGACUCUCAGUUAUCAGAUUCAAAUAGAGAGAAUGAAGAUAACAAAAUUGGCACACACAGGACCAAAAGUGCGAAAGGCAAUACCAAGAAGCGGGGACAGAAACUGUCCGCAGACGUUGUUAACCGGACACUCACAUCAGGUGUUCAGUCAGCGAUGACAAAACUUAGGCAGAAGCAGGAGCAAGAACUGAAUCAGCAGAAACGUCUUGAGCGACUCCGAAGAGCCAAGAAAGCCGAAAGAGACAAGAUGGCCAUGCAGCACGCCAAGCGGCAACAGGAGAAGCUAGAACACAUGGAGGCAGGGAAUGGGGAGGAGGGCAUGGGCGGGGCUGAGGACGAUUCAGGGGGCGUGGAUGUGGGGUCAUCACCGGAGGCAUCGGGUUCUCUGGCACUACGGGAUGGAAGCCAUGAAAUGAAUGUAGUGCCGGACACCGAUGUCAUGAAAAUGAGCAUUCAAGGUGGACCCCUUUUGACCAGGAGUAUUCCUUCAAAUCAAACUGACCAGGAUAAAUUGGGGAUCGCUGAUCCUCUCACAGCCACAAAGAGCCCAAGACAAGCUCCUGAAGACAGACUUAAGGAUCUGGAAUUAAAGAUCCAAGGAAUACAAGACAAGGAUUCUCCAUCCUCUGUGGCUGGCCAAGUUGAGAAGCUCCAGCAACAGUUGGCGUCCCUCAAGAGAGAUAUGGCAGCUGCUCAAGCAACAGUGUCGGCAUCCUCUGACCCGGUACGAGCCUCGACUAGAGCCCAGAACGCCCCCAAGAGUUCCGGUCCGGCCAGGGGAGUGUAUAGCUCGAUGUCCAAGAACGAGCUGAUGCGGGAAGUUAGAAAGCAGAAAGAGCAACACAAGAAGCAAAUCCGGUUGUUAGAGUCUGAAUUGAGUCGUCUGAAGCAUCGGGAUCCAGUCCAAAACUGUGAGCUGCCGGAGGGUGACAUACUCUACCACGAAGAAGAUACUAUUGGAGAGGGGACAUUCUCACAGGUGUUCCAUGGAUUUUUCAAUGGUUCGGAGGUCGCCAUUAAGAGAUUAAAGAGUCCGCUCAAUGCUGCUGACCGCAAUUAUUUUGCUGAAGAGGUGAGCCUUUUGCAUGAGUUGAGGCAUCCCCGUGUGGUCCUACUCCUUGGGGUGUGUACGACUGGUUCGCUACCCCUGAUGGUGUUGGAGUAUAUGGCUGGGGGUAGUCUGUAUGCUAGAAUCCGAGACAAGUCGAGGGGUUCCUUAGACCACGUCGCGUACUACCAGAUUGCCCGGGACAUCGCACUGGGGAUGAAUUACCUUCACCGGCAUCGACCCCAGGUCUUGCAUCUUGACUUGAAGUCAAUGAACGUGCUACUGGGAUUGCACGGCAGGGCCAAGAUUGGAGACUUCGGUUUCGCCAAACUCAGACAUGAAGCAGAGAGUUUAGAGAAAAGCAAAGUUCAAGGCACCCCGGCAUGGAUGGCACCGGAGCUGAUGGCCAACACUGCAAACAGCCUGACCGACAAGGUUGAUGUGUACAGUUUUGGCAUCAUCAUGUGGGAGAUGUUCACCGGCCUGAUUCCUUACCGAGGACUCUCAGUUUUUCAGGUCUUGGAGGCGGUACAGAAGAAGCAGCGACCAGACAUCCCAGAGUCCUGUCCUCAGCCCCUGAGAUGCCUCAUCAUAGCCUGCUGGGAACACAAACCCAACAAACGCCCAUCAUUUAAGGAUAUUCUGAUUGCGCUUGAGGCGCUCGCAUUCCCGCCCGAGUGGCGGUCCCUCCUUUCAGCUGCCAACAUCCCUCGGGAGGCAAUGGAAGAUCCCACCUCGGCCCGCUCCAUCAUUGCCCUGGUUGACGGAUCCAUGCAGAUGACGCAGCGAGAGCUUCACCAGGUGGCUCUCGCCUCCCACGAGAGGGCGAUGGACAUGUCACCUGACACGAACCCAAUCGGAGAGGGUGGUAAGGGACUCUGUUCAGCGACCAAAGAACAACUUCCAGAGAACAGGACAGCUUCUGGUUCAAGUUCGGACUCUAUCAGUGAGGAUAUUGAAUACGAUAGUCUGGACGAAGGAUCCGAUCCUAAAUCAGAACCCAAAACACUCCGGGAUUACUUCAUUACUGACUCAAGACCAAGACUCAAUCAAGAUGGUAGUCAGAUACAUGCAUCACCCAGACUUUACAGAGGAGAUGGCAUCCCUGAAAAAUCGCCGCGGCUUCCUGCAAACGAUGCUGCGACAAAUUUAAACUUGGACAAGCAGGUGAUACCACCCCCGCCUCCCAUUCAGAUGAUGCUCGCAAACCCCGCUACCUGGAGAAACAGAAGUGGAAAGCCAGAUGUGAACCACAGCAAAGCCCCGAUCAAGACAAGGCACCAGACUAAACCUGAGCCACCAGCAACACGUGUGAGUCUGGAUCCAAGUCUUCUGGUGGGGCAACGCAGGAACCUCAAGACCACAGAUGCAGGGCCGCAUCCCAGCCAGCUCCCAAGUCUGUCUGAGCUCGGAGAGCAGCGGAUGACCAGCAUUGCUGAAAUCCUGAAAAAAGCAGUUGCAGCAAGGAGAAGUGCCCUGAGGGAGGAUGUUCACAGCCUGGAAUACCCAAACAGUGAAUCCAUUUGGUCAGUAACCAGUGAAGGUAAUUGAUAUUAAGGGUGUUCAGUCAAUCGAGGCCGCUCCAUCUGCACUUGUUAACAUUCCGUUGUGUUUUUUUAAACACCAGACAACCCAAACAGAUACCAUCAGAAUAUUCUGUGGAUCAUGUGUGAAGAUAAAUAAAUUAAUUGAUGAAGCACCUACCAGGGACAGAAUAUAUUUUGACUAUCAACUCAAGUUGAAUUUAUUUUACUAAGGUUGUCCUGAAGAUCGUGUUUCCAAUGUUUAUUGAAAUU